CGGGAACACUGACUGAAGCCUAAAGUAGCAGCAGAAGUACAUGAUUAUACAGGAGCUUGGCCUCAAGAAUACAUCAUAAAAGGAAGAGAGAGUGGCCAAAAUAAAUCAGAACAAUAUAUAAAGCAGCAGCUGGGCUGUCAGCUGAAGAGAGAGUAUGUAUAUAAAGCAGGUUAUUAUCCAAGGAUUUAGAAGCUUUAAAGAUCAAACAGAAGUAGAACCAUUCAGUCCAAAGCAUAAUGUAAUUGUUGGUAGAAAUGGAUCAGGGAAAAGUAACUUCUUUUUCGCGAUACAGUUUGUAUUAAGUGACGAUUUCACUCAUUUAAAACCUGACGACAGACAGCAGCUGCUACAUGAAGGUACUGGUCCACGCACAGUCACAGCUUACGUUGAAAUUAUAUUUGAUAACAGCGACCACCGAAUACAAAUUGAGAGCGAAGAAGUGACACUGCGUCGUGUGAUUGGAAUGAAAAAGGACAAUUAUUAUUUGGAUGGGAAGCACGUCACUAAAAAUGAUGUCAUGUGCCUAUUGGAAGGAGCUGGUUUUUCACGCAGUAAUCCGUAUUAUAUUGUUAAACAAGGAAAAAUUACUCAGUUAGCGACUGCACCUGAUUCACACAGGUUGAAGUUAUUGAGAGAAGUUGCUGGUACUAGAGUUUAUGAUGAGAAAAAAGAAGAGAGUCUAAACAUUCUAAAAGAAACAGAAGGAAAGAAGGCGCGAGUUGCUGAGUUAUUGUCCAACAUUGAGGAGAGGCUUCACGCUUUGGAGGAGGAGAAGGAAGAGCUUAAGGCUUAUCAUGAGUUGGAUAGAACCAGACGAUCAGUUCAAUACAUUAUUCAUGACACUGAACUACAGAAUAUCAAAGACAAACUAGAACAAUUGGAAGGGGCAAGGCAGGACAAUAGUGAUGAGUCUAAGAAAUUGCAAGAAAAAAUCAAAGAAGCUGAAACUAAAAUUGAAAAUCUUGAGAGAGCUAUGAGAGAUAAGAACAGUACACUGACCACUCUUAACAAAGAGAAGCUCCAGCUUCACGAUGAGAAUGAGGAACUGAUUGCACGUAAGGCUCAACUGGAGUUCUCUCUCUCCGACUUACAGCAGAUAGCAACUGAUGAGAAGAAUAACAGAGAUAAGUACGUCAGGGAGUUGGAACGGCUUGAGUCUGAUAUCAAAUCAAAGGAGUCAGAGCUGAACUCAAUACUCCCUCAGUACCAGCACCACAAAGGACAGGAGGAGAGACUCAAUGCCAGACUGAAAGCGUGUGAGCAGCACAGGUCUGAACUGUUUGCUAAAGAAGGACGGGUCCAAGAGUUUUCAACGACCGAGGAGAGAGAUCGGUUCAUUAAUAAAGAGAUAACGUCACUCCAGCAGUCGGCAGCUAACAAGGAAAAACAAAUUCAAGAGAUCAAACAGGGAGUGUCUCAAUUAAAGACUAAAGUUGAACAACAGACAAGAGAUAUACAAGAGAAGACUAGCAGUCUUGAAGAGACCAAAGAAUCAUUAGACAGAGUGAACAGAGACUGCUCUCGAUUGAAAGUGCAGAGAGAAGAUAUUUCUAACCAGAGACAGGAGUUAUGGAGGAAACAGAAUGUCAUCAGCACAUCAUUGAUGAAUACAAGAGAAGAAUUAGUUAAACACGAGAGACAUCAAAGAGUUCUAAUGGGAAAAGCUGUGGGUCAAGGUCUUGAUGCAAUCAAACGCAUCACAGAAGAGCAUCACUUAAGUGGAGUCUAUGGGCCACUCAUUGACCACUUUACCUGCCACAGUAGAAUAUUCACUGCUGUUGAAGUGACUGCUGGAAACAGGCUGUACAAUGUUAUAGUGGACACUGAUCAGACUGUCACUAAGAUACUGACACUAAUGAACCAAAAAAGACUUGACGGUGACGUCACUUUCCUACCACUCAAUACACUGAGAGUACCCACUGGGCACUACCCAGACACAAAAGAAGCACUUCCUCUACAUGACCAGUUAGAGUUUGAUCCAAUGUUCAGGCCAGCCAUUGAGGUAGUCUUUGGCAAGACUCUUCUUUGUCGGGACUUUGAUAAAGCGUCCGAAUUCGCUAAAAAAGCUAGAAUGGACUGCGUUACACUUGACGGGGAUCAGGUUGAUCGUAGAGGGCUAUUGACUGGUGGGUAUCAUGAUCCAAAAUCCUCUAAACUUGAGGUGCAUGCUAAAAUACACGAGUGUAGGAGCAAGAUUGAGCAGGAAGAGAAGGAGAAUGAGAAGUUCAAGCGAGAGCUAGACAAUAUUGAUGGUAGGAGUAAUCAGGUAUUGAGUCAGAUCCAACGCUGUGAGACUAAACACGUACAACUCAAGGAAGCAUUUGAACGUUUGAAAUUAGAAUUACGUAUUUUAACUCGUGAACAUCAGGCAGAUCAAAGCCGUCUGGAACCAAAAGAGAGUCAUUUAUUGACUCAAGAGAGUGAUUUGGAGUCAAUAAGAGGCUCUAUAACUGCAUUACAAGCUGAACUGGGAACUGAACUAUUAUCACAACUAGACCCCAAUGACAAGAAACAAGUUGAGAAUUUAGGUGAGGAAAUACAGUCAUUGCAGCAAGAACUGAAGAAGUCUAUGGCACAGAGAGUACAGCUUGAGAGUCAGAAGAAUACAAUUGAGAUAUUGUUAAGUAAUAAUUUGAUAAGAAGAAAAGAACAAUUAAAAAUGGAAUUGGAUGACAUUGCAUUGACAGACAAUGAUCAACAAGUGAGUUUAUUGUCAAGCGACCUCCAACAGCUAACAGUAAAGAUUGAUCACACCAAAGCAAGGAUGGAUGAGGUUAAUUCUGAUGUGCAGAUGUACACAGAUCAAAUCAAACAGUUAGACAAAGAAAUGGAGACAUGGAAGACUAUAGAACGUGAAAAUCAAGAUCAAAUGGCCGAGGAUUUAAAGUCAAUGGAAAAAGUAGCAAACAAAAGAGCUUUAUUGUUUAAAAAGAAAGAGGAAGCUUUGGGUAAGCUACGUGGACUAGGUUCUCUUCCUUCUGAUUUUGCUAAAUAUCAGCACUAUACAACAUCACAGUUAUGGAAGAAGUUAGAAAAGUGCAAUAAUGAUCUAAAGAAAUACAGUCACGUCAAUAAAAGAGCCUUAGAUCAGUUUAAGGAUUUCUCUGAGCACAAGGAGAAACUAACUGAUCGAAAGAUCGAGUUGGACAAAGCUUAUGAAAGCAUACAGGAACUGUUUGAUGUUCUUGAGUUGAAGAAACAUGAAGCAAUUGAGUUCACAUUUAAACAAAUGUCAAAGUAUUUUACUGAAGUAUUUCAUGAGCUAGUUCCGCAAGGUCACGGGCAACUGGUGAUGAAAAAAUUAAAUGAAGACGUAUCAAUGGAAAGUGAUUCACAAUCAGAAACUGCUUCCAUAUCAGACCAGUACACUGGAGUAUCCAUUAGAGUUUCAUUCACUGAUCAGUUGUCAGAGAUGAAAGAGUUACAGCAGUUAUCCGGUGGCCAGAAGUCCCUAGUAGCCCUCGCCCUCAUAUUUGCAAUCCAGAAAUGUGACCCAGCCCCUUUCUAUCUAUUUGAUGAAAUAGAUCAAGCACUGGAUACUCAACACAGACACUCUGUAGCAGCGAUGAUUCGUAAGCUAUCAGAGAAUGCCCAAUUCAUUACGACGACGUUUCGUCCAGAGCUGGUAGAACCAGCUGCAAAAUGUUACGGAGUACAAUUCAAAAACAGAGUUAGUUUUAUACGGGUCAUCAGUAAAGAAGAGGCCCAGGACUUUAUCGAAACAUAAGAUAUUUAUAUUGAAAUGGAGACUCUACCUUAGUACGUAUAACUAGAUUUAUAUAUUUACACACACAGUAUACAUGAUACACUCUCGGCCAAUUAUUUCAUCAUUAUAUUAACGUUAUUUCAUCAUUAUAUUAGCGUUAUAUUAUUAUACUUACGCUUUAUUGUUGUGAUUGUCUAGUUGGUUUCUCAAUAUACAUCUCAUUUCAUCAGA